AUGGCCAUCCCAACUAAAGCUGCUGUGUUCGUGUCUGCAGCCCCGUGCUUCGAAGCCUUCCGCGAUGUGGAAGUAUUGUCACAAACUGAAAGUACUUCUCCAAAGUUCAUUGGUACGCAUAAUGGCACGUUCCAUUGCGAUGAGGCAUUGGCUGUAUCAAUGCUUAAACUUUUGCCCAAAUUUGCGGCCCACGGCGUACUGCGCACACGUGACGAGGCAAAACUUGCUCAAUGUGAGGUGGUUGUAGACGUGGGUGGUACCUACGAUCCAGAGACGCUUCGUUUUGACCAUCACCAGCGCAGCUUCACGGAUACUUUUGACCAAUGUGACAUUAAGUUGUCAAGUGCUGGUCUCGUGUACAAGCAUUUCGGUCGUGAGAUCAUUCAAAGGCUGGCUUAUCCCACAAAGUUGGACGACGAGACGCUGGAUAUUCUGUAUCGAAAAGCAUACAAGAAUUUUAUCGAGCACAUUGAUGGCAUCGAUAAUGGUGUCGAGGUGGCAAGUGCUGGUGAUGCUAAGCUCAAACAUAACUAUCAGGUGUCGACAACCCUUAGCAGUCGUGUGAGUUACUUGAACCCCCGCUGGAAUGAAUCCCAGGAUGAGCAGUGGAUGAGCAGACAAUUCAAGCAAGCCAUGUACUUGACAAUCACCGAGUUUACGGAUGCUAUCCACGAUCUCGUGUACUCGUGGCUACCGGCUCGCGAGAUCGUUGAAAAAGCGGUUGCCAAUCGCUUUGAGACUCACAAGUCCGGUGAAAUUGUCCAUUUUCCUAAAUUCUGUCCAUGGAAGUCUCAUUUAUUUGACCUGGAAGAGAAACUUCUGAUCCAAGGCCAAAUCAAGUUUGUGCUUUACAAUGACCUAACGGGUAAUAUGACUCGUGUGCAGGCACUCAAUGUUGAGCCAGGAUCGUUUGCACUGCGCAAAGGACUGCUGCCACUUUGGCGCAGUCUGCGUAAUGAAGAAUUGUCGUGUGUGUCUGGUAUUGAAGGAUGUACGUUUGUACACAACGCUGGAUUCAUUGGGGGUAAUCGCACAUUCAAAGGUGCACUUGAAAUGGCCGUCAAGUCGAUUGAAGCUACGGAUGAAGAGACCAAGUAA